GGCAGGCACGAGGUUCUGCCACAGAACUUCAGAGACCAAACAUGCACUGAACACCGACUAAUGCCUGGUUAGAGUUUGGACCCGGAGGAAGUUCCGCGGACUGACUCCACCUGGGUUUGAGUUUGGACGCUCGUGCGCUUGGCUGUGGAGGUGAGAGGCUGGAUGAGAUGGACCCGCUGCUGCCCCCAGACCCGGACAUGAUGGCGCGAGAGGCGGACAGGGAGGAGAGGAGGAAGAUCCAGUUCUCCGUUCCGUCCCCCGUGCCCCUGCAGCUGGACCCGCGACAGGUGGAGCUGAUUCGACGCCGAAGGCCGACACCUGCCACCCUUUUCAGACUGACAGACCCACCAUCUCCAGAGGAGGACAGCGGCCCACAUCAGUGGCUUCUGGGGGAAAAUGGCGCUUUAAAAAACAAACUGGUUCACAUGUCAACUUACCAGCCACCGUCGCUUAAAGAGGUGCAGAUGAUGGCCCAGGCUCAUUUGUCCUCUUUAGAUUCGAAUUCAGCUGGCAGAGAGGAGCCCUCCUCUGGAGAGGAAGAGGAGCAACAUGACGAUGAGGAGGAGGAGGAGAAGCAGCAGACGGCAUCAGCCACAUGUGAUUCAAGAGAGGAGCGUAAACCCCUCAGGGAUCCACAUGAUGCGCCGGUCAGUUCACCCGCAGGGGCGGAGGUCACUCGUCGCCAUGACGACCAGGAUAAAGCUACAAGAAGAAAAGGGACACAGACAAAUAUAAAGGGACCUGACUGAGAAAGUUUAGUAAUGAAGUGACCAGCACGACUCGUGCAGGGAAUAUAUGUACAUGGGUGUACUUAAUGAGUUUUGUAGAGCUGCAGGUGUGCAUGCAACGGUAAUGUGGGAAAAGAGUGAGGAGAAAACAAACGAUCGCUGAGGAAGAAUAUAAAUGAGCAGGUGUGGGCAAAAGUUUAAGCUGAGACAUGUGAAGGAAAUCAUGUCUCAGGCAGCCAGAAGCCUAUAAAUAUGUUUCAGAUCUACAGUAGAAAAUAAGAUAAACUUGUUAAAAUCAGAAGGCUUACAUUUAAACCAGCUGGAUUCAGCAGGAUUUCAAGGCUAGUUUAGGUGUGACAAAAUUAAUUUAAAAUUGAUGAUAAUCGCUGCAGGAGCUUGUUACUUUAUGCAUACUGUACCAUAUUUAUUCCGAACUGGGUUUUAUUGGUAAAAUCACAGCGACUUUGUUCUUUUAUGUUCUUUUC